UUCCUGGUUUCGGCUAUCAGGUGUGUGGGACUGUAGUUUUUGUUUUGAUUUUUUUUCUCUCUCACCUAAGGCAGAAAUCUCCUGGAACGAGUUUCGAUAGUUGGGCCAGGGGGUUGGAGAACAGGUGCCUUGUCACUUUAUUGUACCUGGACACUAUGCCAUACAAGGACCUAAUAACAUAUUGGCACGAAGGGGUUCUAGAAGCAGAUAAAAAGAAUUAUGAUUCAUCUCUCAAAAACUUUGGAAACAUUGACGACCCGCCAGCCAAGAUUUGGUUCAACAUUGGAUGCAUCCAUCUUCUGAAGGGCGAGCUGGAGCAAUCCCUGGAGGCAUAUAAUAAAUCAGUUAUGAAGGACCCCUGUCUGGCUGUUGGGUAUUUCCAGAGGAGUUACGUAAACUUCAAGUUACAAAGGUAUGAGAAAGCAUUAUGUGAUUGCCAUCAUUCGCUGGCUCAGCUGAGAAACAACAAAGUGAUUGAUUAUAAACAGCUGGGACUCCACUACCUGCUGUAUUCCUGGGAGAUUCUGUAUAAUACUGCGGUAAUCCUGUGUUACCUGGGAAAGUGGGAGAAUGCCCACGAUAAACUGAAGGAAGCCACCGGGUGUCUGCCCGGAGAGGCCAGAAAUUGUAAAAUUGAAGACAUGCUGGAUGCAGUUCAGAACCAUGUCUUCCUGCUGCCAGCGCACGUUCCUCAGGAGGAACUUUUCAAACCUAAAAAGGAGGAAGUUGAACAAAUAAAAUACAAAGACUUCCUGGGUAAACCGAAGGUCAUCUCCUCUGUGGUUCCCAAUGAUCAGUACAGCGGAUUCGAGCCCCUGCGUCCCCAGAAACCUGGAUUUUAUGAGCCAUGUCCUGAAGCAAUCCUCGGUCAGGAUGCUGGGUAUCAUCGUGUUUUGGUUCAUUAUUAUCCAGAGAAUUCUAGCGAAGUGUCUGUGAAAGCAAAUACCAUUCUGUUUGUUUUGAACAAAGAUGGAGACUGGGCCACCGGCAUCCAUGAUGGCCAGAAAAUAUUUAUUCCAACGAAUGUUCUGGAACCUGUGAACAACACUCCCAAAGCAGACAUUAAGAAAGUGGUAAAUGGGAUUCCUAUGCCACCCAUGAAGACUCCUCCUACUAGACCAAAAGUGACGCCAAUCCGAGAACAUCGAGGAAAUCUGAUAUUUCCAGAGGGAAUACCACCUCGGCCAGACGGAAAACCUCCAGAACCACAUAUGCUGAAUAAUGGUAUCCCAAGGAAAGGUUUGGAGGAAAUAUCUGCCCUUUCUACUGUAGACCCAGUGUUGGUGGAAUCAGAUUUUCCAAGGACAGGUCCGGUGGUGGAGAGGCCUACUCCUCAUAGAUUAUAUCCAGUAGUAGAGAGAGAUGUAACAUUUCUUGAGAAAACAAUGCCUUUAAAAUCAGAUCCAUUAGUGGAGAGAACCGCGCCACUAACAACAGGUCCAGCUGUGGAGAGAGCUUUGCCACCAACGACAGGUCCAGCUGUGGAGAGAGCUUUGCCACCAACGACAGGUCCAGCUGUGACUCUAAAAAACAAUCCAACAUUGGAAAAAGAUGUCCAUAAAAAAACAAAUCCAGUUGUCGAGAGAGCUGUACCUCUAAGAACAGAGCCAGAUGGGAAGAGAAAUGUCUUUCUAGGAUCAGACUCAGCAGGGGACAAUUCUUUCCCUCAAAAACCGGAUCCAGUGAUGGAGCAAGAUGUUUUUCUCAAGGGUGGUUUGGGAACAAAUCAAAACUCUGAGAAGGUCACACAGAACACAGUGCCUCCACCUGCAGAGGACAAGGAGAUAACACUAAAGAUUCACACGGAAUUCACUGUAUCACUGAAAAUCCACAAGGAUAUCGCCUACACAGAGCUCCAGGAUCUCCUGCGGGACAAAAUUCGACAACAAGGAGAACAAAUGAGAAUCCAGCUGAGUUACAGGGGUGCAGCUGGCAGCUCGGUGACCCCAGUGAGGGGGGACGGAGAAUUACAGAAUAUAUUGAAACAAGCCCCCACCAAGCGCCUAAUGUUGCACUGCAAGGAUGCCAAUUGCUGCCUAGGACGGCGUAUCCUGUAUAGUAUGAAAGCAAUCUAUGAAUAUCCCGCAGAGGGUCCAGAAGACCUCACCUUUAUUGUAGGAGACCUUAUCGACAUCCUCUCAGAAGUGAACGAAGAGUGGCUCGAGGGGCACUGCAAUGGGAAAAUCGGGAUUUUCCCUAAAUGUUUUGCGACAAGAUUUGAGGACGAUUAGAUUGUUCGGAGGACCUUAUCAACUGCCACCACAAUCAAUAGCAACCAGAUCUAAGAAAACCGAAGAAGAACUGACCGAAUGGGAGAUCAAUUCUACAAGAAGAUUUCAUUAUUAUU